GUACGGAGGCGCACAGCCUCACGGGAAGUGCUACGCCACACGGAAGCGGAGGGGGGGAGGGGGAAAGGCAGCGCCCCCUCCAUGUUGUUGUACGUCAGGAGCGGUGGCGGGGAGGAAAGUGGUGCCAGGGUUUUUGCAGCCUCUGCUUAUUCUUUGGGGAUGACAACGCAAUCUGUGCUGAGCAUAUGUGGCUUCUCCUAUGACCACCUCUGUUUGCAGCCUUUCCCCAUCUCAAAGCCAUCUGCCCAUGGGAUCAUCCCUUCGUGGUGCUGGACCAGACUUCGGUGCUUCUCAGAAUCCUGUUGUGGCAGCAGGAGGAAGAGGAAGGUCGCUCCAAGGAAGAGGAAGGUUGCUCCAAGGAAGAGGUCUCGCUGCCCUGCUGUUCCUGCAGGGAUGGAGCCUGGCCAGGGAGCGUUAGCGCCUGCAGGAGAGCAGCAAGGGAUGAUGGAAGAUGGGAAAGUGCAUUCAGCAAGUGGAUUGUUUGCUUACCUGGAAAUGCUGGAAGCGCAAGCUCACGAGGCAGCUGUGAAGCAGGAGGAAAUAGAGCAGCAGGAGGAGAAGCUGGCCAUGCUGAAAAAGAAAGUGCAGGAGCUGAGACUCCAGAGGGAUGAGCUCCGGGCUAAAGUGGACCUGCAGGGAAAGGGGCAACUUGGGAAAGAAGGAGUCAUGUUGGAGCCAGCACAGCCCAGCUCUCAGGCUGUUCUUGAGUGGAAGAUAAAAAGCGUUAAGGCCAUGCUGCAGAUCUUUUAUCUCACAGGGAUCAGCGGGAAGCUGACCAAGCGAGGAGUGUGUUUCUGCAUCAGCACGGCUUACGAGGGCACCUAUUUGGAUUCUUACUACCUGGACCUGCUUAUCAAGCCGGAAGUGCAGAUUUACCGCCACUCCAUCCCUGUCUUCAUCCCCCUGGAGCAGAUUGCCAAGAAGUACCUGCAGACGGACAUCAGGCGCUUCCUGUCUGUCUUGUCAGAUCACCUGAACGCCUACGUGGGGAGGAGGUUCCAGGCAGACCGGUUACAGGAACAGUUUCCGGAGCAGAUAGAAGGACCCUUGCAGAGAAACUCCUUGUGUAACUUGCUGGUCUUUAAAUACUACGUGUCAAGUAAAAGCAAGACCUUUUCACUCACUGCAAGGCUACUCUACGGAGAUCUCUGCCACAGCCUCCCCACUGAAGCUAUCGUUUCCUGCACACCAGACGCUCCCGCAUCGCUAGCAGAGACAGCUGCAGCUCACUCAGACCUGUUUCGCCGCAUGGCCCUGCACAAAGCUUUCCGCUCCUUCAGCACCGCUCCAGAAAGCGCAGAGGGAGCAGCCUAAGGCACUCUGGCUCUACUUGAGAACACGCCUCCCAUCUGUGAGAAGUUGUCUCCAAAUGCAAUGUUUUACAUUGAUCCUCAAGGGGUGACUGGGCUAGUUUGAAUCUCAACAGUGAUGUUUUCCAAGGCUUUCGGAUGCCAGCCAUUGCAGGUAACCUUUCCUCAGUGCUGUGGAUCCUGCAGCCAAUGCUGUGGAACUCCGUGGUUGCAGGAAACUUCUCACAGUUGGAAUUAGAAACUAUAAAACCUUCAGGAUCGUGGUUCUUUGGGGGCAGUUCCCUACGGAUCAGCACUGUAUUCUUAUCCAAUGCACCUUGAAAAGAGGGGAGCAAGUGGGAAAACCUGUACACUGCUCACUGCAGCCAGGAAAGGACUUCAUGUCAGGAGUGGGGAGGGAUUGAGGGACACAACUGAGGUUUAGUUAUUGCUGGCAGCAACCCAUGCCCUCAUGUAGGCUCUGUUCCUUCUCCAAGCAGGAGCACAGAACCUUCCAGGAAAUCCCACAGCAGCAACGCCUUCCCAGUGCUGUUUCCUCCCCAGGUCUAGGGCAGCUUUGCUGGUAUCUGAUCUUUGUGCUUCAGUCUUUAAAAACCUGCUGGUUUGUAGCAGUACGUUAACUACUUGUUAAUGAAUUCCCCCGUUACUGAAAUCAUGGGGUUUAAAAAUAAAUCUGUUGAUUUGCUUCAGAUUUUCCUUUCCUUCUGCUGUGGUUUGCUGGGAUAGAAUGGGGUUUAAGUGACGAUAUAUAUAUAUAAU